AUGAGCAACACCGAGAUUUUCAACUGCAAAGCGUGCUCCAAGUCUUUCGCCUCCAAAAAAGGUCUUAAUCAACACUCUUCGAUCCACUCCUCUGAUGGACCAGCAUUUCAAUGUGAAUUUUGCUCAAAAACUUUCAAAUACAAAUCCAAUUUGUAUGAGCAUCUAUCGGUUCACACUGUCUCGGAACCAUAUUCUUGUCCAUAUUGUGAUAAAAAGACAAAACUCAAGGGAAAUUUCAAAAAGCACUUGGCCACUCACUUUACUGAUAAAUCGCUAUUGGAUGAAGUUUGGGCACCGUAUGCUUCGCACAAAAAGUAUGAAAAGUGUGGAAAUCGAAGAUCUGAAGUACCUAAACAUAAAGAACAUCAAUCUACAGUACCCCAAAACGUUUUCCAUCAACCAUCCAAUUUUCAUCUUUACCAAAAUUUCCAUGACCCAUGUAUCAAUACAAUUGGAAAACUGAUUGAUAGUGUGAAAUCAAUUGAAUUGGAAAGAUACCACUGCUCAAUUUGCUGCUACGAGUUUGCCAGGAAAGCCGAUUGCAUCUUUCAUUAUCAAUAUUUCCAUCCGAAUCUUCAAAUGGAAUUAUUUUGUCACAUUUGCCUCCGAACCUUUCCAAAUCAAGAAGAAUUCCAGAAGCACGUCGAGUAUCAUCGGACUACCUCAAGGGUUUUGCAGAAUUCUCGUACCAUAACCUCGCCAAAAUUCUAUAUACCAACUGGAGAGGAGAUUCUAACGGCACUGAAUUCCGGAUGGCAUCAACAACCGGCUACUUAUUUUUAA